AUGAUUUCUACAACUUCCGGGCACUACGGCCUGUUCGAAGCCAUCCGUUACAAGCGCCACAGACAAGCUAUGCUGUUGGCGGAGGCAGGCAUAGAUGUCAACUGCAGGAACGAAAGAGGCCAAACGCCGCUCAUCUUCACCGUACUAGCCAUCGAAGAUUGCUCCAGAAGCAGAACUAAGUUGGUGAAACUUUUUCUUGAAUCUGGAGCAGAUCCUAAUGCUACUGAUUGGAAAGGGAUGACUGUUCUCAUGCACGCCUCUGCACUUGGGCAAGUGGACACUGUCAAGUGUUUGCUAGAAUAUAUUAUAACAAAUCCUUGCGUAACGGAUGCCAACGGAAACACUGCACUGAUGUACGCUGCAUCACACGGCCAUGAUGAAGUCGUAGCUGUGUUUAUAUCCAUCUUCAGAAACGAUAUCAAAAGUUUGCAGCUUCACAAGAGAAACAACGAUGGUUUUACGGCUCUUCAUUUAGCCGUGAAAAAUCGACACGAAUCUUGCGCCAGGUUGCUAACUAGAGAAGUCCAGUUUUUCCCAUCAGCAAUCGAACAAUUUCCAGAUCCCAAAGAACUAGAUCGCGAGCCCACACCUCCAGGUAUCCACGGUAGAAGAAAGCAUAAAUUAAUCAAUUCGGCUAAAAUUAAGAUAUCAUCCUUAAAAAGUGAAGGAACACGAACGACUGGGACAAUGACAAUUGACAGUGAAGAUUCAGAUUCUUCCAACUCAUGCCUGAGCGUUCUUGAAUGCAGCGUAGGCGAUUUACCCAUCUCAAACUAUACUCACCCUUUCGGGUUGCAAACAACCAAAUCAACGCAAGUAGUAUCUGUCGAAAAUCCACAGAAAACAGAAUCACGUGGCAGUAGCAAAGAAAGCUCGACCGAUGUCGAUUUAGGAGAUGAUUCCUUAGUUUCCGACAAGAUCGACGACUGGCCAGCCAUCCCAAUGCAACUCAAGACAAGUUCUCAAAAGCAGCUCGACCCCCUUGUGCCAAUUGAAGCGGGAAAUGGACAACCGCUGAUCGUGAAAACAUUCCAACGCAAGUGCCUUUUGAAACAGAAUAACCGAAGUGUGUCUGCUCUUAGAAUACAUUUGCACGAAUCAAGAGACGUGAAUGUAGCUAAGAAAGAGUGCGAAGCUGAGAACAUUUUAUGCGGAUCCUCUAUUAAACCCCAACAAAACAAAAAUCGCAUAACAAAUGGAAUUAAAAACGAAGCUUUAGCAAAUUUACUACCUAUCAUUCCAUGCAACAAGGAAAACGGUCAGUUGCCUCCAGUUAGGUACACUCUACGUCGUAGUGGCAGUUCUAAACAAGAUACUCUUUGCUUCCCAAGCGCUUCCUAUAUAUCUGUCAGAGCCGAUCAAAGUCCACGAGAAAUAGAAAUGUUCAAAAAGAAUAUAGUAGCUCUUUCAUAAGAUAUAAAAUAUUUUUGUUGUUUUUCCAAAGUGUUAUAU